CUAAGACCAAUCCAAAACAGAAGGAAUCGGUACUUAAAAGCUGCCACAACGAAAACAAGGUGCUGCUACUACCGCUAAUUCCUGUCUUGUUCACUUCCUCUCUCUCCCUGUCAGUCCGUCUGCCUGUGGAUAUCUGAGUGACAGUCAUCAUGUUUGUUGCUCCACCUGGUUACCAGCCCAUCUACAACCCUUGUAUCCCCUAUAUCGGACCAAUCAAUGGGGGUCUGAGGUCAGGGAUGUCCAUCUACAUCCAGGGAGUGGUCCCUCACCAUGUCACCAGGUUCCACAUGAGCUUGAUGUGCGCUGAGAUGGACGGCAGUGAUGUUGGCUUCCACAUUAGCCCAUGCUUCCAGGGCUGGGACAAGGUUGUGUUCAAUCACUUCGAAGGGGGGAGAUGGGGAUCUGAGGAGAAGACACACCACAUGCCCUUCAGAAAAGGAGAAGCCUUCGAGAUGGUCAUCACUGUCAUCCAGGAGGGCUUCCAGGUCAAAGUGAACGGGAAACACUUUCAUAUGUUCAAUCACCGUCUCGCAAUUGAGAGAAUCUGUGCUCUGCAGAUAGGGGGCGAUAUUUCCAUUCAGACCAUCAACGUCAUUGGGGGAGGCUUUCCUGCUGGGGGUUACCCUGGUGGUCAAAUGGGGGGUGGAUACCCAGGUGGCAUGGCAGGAGGCAUGGGAGGGGGGAUGGCGGUUGCCAUGGAAGAUGGAAUGCCAGGUGGCAUGGGGGUUGUCAUGGAAGGUGGCAUGGGGGGAGGAUACCCAGGUGGCAUGGGAGUUGGCAUUGCGGGAGGAUAUCCUGGUGGACCUGGGGGAUAUCCUGGUGGACCUGGGGGAUAUCCUUGUGGACCUGGGGGAUAUCCUGGUGGACCUGGGGGAUAUCCUGGUGGACCUGGGGGAUAUCCUGAUGGAAACAUGCCGGUGGUGAUUGGACAACCAAUAUUCAACCCUACCGUCCCGUUUUCCAGUCUGAUUCCAGGAGGGAUGUCCCAUAAAAAGACCAUCAUCAUCAGAGGCAUGAUCCCCUUAGGUGCUAACAGGUUCUCUGUAAACUUCAUUGUGGGUCGCUCGCGUGACAUACCGUUCCACAUGAACUUUCGUGUGAGAGAUGGGGAAGUGGUGAGCAACAGUAUGCUCAGUCAGAUCUGGGGGUCGGAGGAGAGGGAGUACAGCUUCAACCCUUUCCAGGAGGGACAGUUCUUUGAACUGUCCAUUCGUUGUGGUACCAUGCAGUUCAAGGUGUUUGUGAACGGGCAGCACUUGUGUAACUUCUUCCACCGCUACCAGCAUGUCCAUCACAUAGACCUCCUGGAAGUGGAUGGAGACGUUCAGAUCUCCUACAUACACUUCUGAGUCAGCAUGCAAAAACUGACACGCUGCAACAACACAAGCACUGACACACUGCAACAACACAAGUACUGACACACUGCAACAACACAAGCACUGACACGCUGCAACAACACAAGUACUGACGCUGCAACAACACAAGUACUGACAAACUGCAACAACACAAGCACUGACACGCUGCGACAACCCAAGCACUGACACACUGCAACAACACAAGUACUGACACAAUGCAACAACACAAGUACUGACACACUGCGACAACACAAGUACUGACACACUGCGACAAUACAAGCACUGACACAAUGCGACAACACAAGUACUGACACACUGCGUCAACACAAGCACUGACACAAUGCGACAACACAAGUACUGACACUCCGCGACAUUACAAGAACUGACACACUGUGACACACAAGCACUGACACACUGCGAGAGUACAGAACAACUGUGUCAAGAUGCAAGCAUGUGAAAUGUCCUGAGGCUAUGCAAAAUGCUGACAUUGAUAUGACACGAAGACAGGUCAUGUAAAAUGCAAUCCUCUGUUUUUGAGAAUGUAAAAGCAAAUUAAAAAAGUCACCCGGCCUGAUUGCAGUUUAUCUUGUUGUUGGGUGACCUGAAGUGAUAAAACUAUGUUAAUAAAUAAAUACCAUGACCAAA